UUUCGCUUUAUUCGUCAUGUUUGUUCACAGUUCACAACAUUCACCACAUCCCAACCACAACCAACAACCAACCAUCCGUGCUACCAUCGGUAGUUGAAUGAAAUUGUCCAUACUACUCCCACUCCCUAGUUUUUUUGGCUAUCCCUGUUUCACUAAUGAAAAAUAUCCUUUGCUUUGUUUACCUGUCAAAUGAGUCACCACCAAAAAAAAUUCAAAACAGUUGAGAAAACUGAAAAGUGUGCUGGGGGAGUGAAGGUGAAAACCAGUUGACAUUCGUUGCAAAAGUAAAGAAAAGUUAUUUGAAAAGAUUCUUAUUUUGAUAAAUAAUGCAAUAGAUUAAUCUAUUUUCGCACUACCGUGAUCAUAACGCACAACUAGAAAAAUAAAAAUGGUUAUAUUGCAGCUAGAGGAUCAGCCCCUCAUUACUCAGGCGAUAUUUUCCGGGGCGUUGGACGAAGUGGAAGAUCUUAUGGUCCAUCCAGAAUAUGUCAAUUGCACUGACUGCGAAAAGCGGACACCGUUGCACGCCGCAGCCUUUAAAGGAGACUCUCAGAUAGCUCAAAUUUUGCUCGACAAUGGGGCCAGAGUGAAUGCAAAAGAUGGCAAAUGGGUUACACCUUUACAUAGGGCUUGUGCUGUUAAUUCUGACGAUACUGUUAAUGUACUGUUGAAGUAUCAGGCUGAUGUUUGUGCUAGAGACAGAUUAUGGCAGACCCCACUACACAUAGCAGCCGCACACGACGCCUAUAACUGCGUAGAUAAACUCCUGAAUUUCGUACCAAAUCCGAAUGUUACGGAUAGAUCUGGAAGAACUGCCCUGCAUCACGCCGCCUACAAUGGAAAUACUUUUGUUGCUCAACUUCUUAUCGAGAGGGGUUGCAUUGUGAAUGCUUGUGAUAAAAAAGAUUGCAGGCCUAUUCAUUGUGCAGUCCAAAUGGGCCAUAUCGACACUGUAGAACUUUUACUGAGAUUUGGAGCAGAUGUCAAUGCUAAAGACAGAAAUCAAUACACUCCAUUGCAUGUAGCUGCUGCAAGUGGCAUAGAAAGUGUAAUAAGACUUCUGCUAAACUCUGGAGCCGAAGUAAACAUCCAAAACAGCUACGGAAACACUCCACUACAUGUCGCCUGCCUCAAUGGUCAUUUGGCUUGCUGUCAAGAGCUAACCCAAGCCGGUGCAGAUAUUGAAGCAGUCAAUUUCAGAAAUCAAACACCUUUACAUGUUGCUGCAGCCUCUACACACGGCGUAUACUGCCUUGCCUUUCUUUUGGCAAAUAAUGUCGAUAUAAACAAGUGCAGCAAUGACGGUAGAACUCCAUUACACAUGACAGCAAUUCACGGUCGCUUUACAAGAAGCAAAAGCCUCAUUGAUGGAGGAGCUUUGAUUGACUGCGCUGAUAAAAAUGGGUCUACUCCAUUGCAUAUAGCCGCUCAAUAUGGUCAUGAUCUUUUGGCAAAUACUUUAUUGAGUGUCGGGGCUAGUCCUACUAAAAAAGGUUAUGAGGGCAGGACACCUUUACAUAUGUGCUGUUUGUCGGGUUAUGUAGAGUGUUGUAGGAAAUUUUUGCAGACUGGCGUUAACUUGAAUGAAAGAGACGACAGCGGUAGGACGCCUGCUCAUUGUGCUGCUUAUAAAGGAUCAAUCGAGUGUCUCGAUCUUCUAACAAGUAACGGCGCCAAUUUCAAAUUAAAAGACAAUUUUGAGCGUCUUCCAUUGCACUAUGCAGCUGCACAAGGGCACUUUCAAUGUGUCUUCACUUUAGUGGGAAUCGGAAGUCCUAUUAAUGACAGAGAUAUAGAAGGUUGUACACCAUUACAUUUGGCUGCUGCACACGAUCAUGAGUCUAAAUGUGUUGAUUAUCUGCUUAAUCACAGGGCAGAUCCGAAAAUUAAGGACGUUAGAGGAUUUUCUCCACUUCAUUACGCUAUUGCUUGUGGCAAUGUUAGAGGAGUUAAGCUACUUUUACAUCGUACUGAAGAAGCUGUGUUCAAAAAGGAAGGAGGGUCUCCCGAUGUCACACCACUACAUCUAGCAGCCAAAUUAGGAAAUGUUGCGAUACUCAAGUCAGUGUUAACAAAAUACACCGAUGUUAAUAUACAAACAGACCAAGGUUUGACUCCUCUUAUACUGAUAGCUAGAGAAGGCCACAUUCAAUGCGUUCACUUCCUAUUGCGCUGUGGUGCCAAAGUGUCUCUAUGUGAUAACGUGAAUCUGAUGACUGCUGUACACUAUAGUGCCAAAAAUGGACAUUUUCAAUGUCUUACUUUUCUAUUACACAACACCGAAGAUCAGAGUGUGGUUAAUAUGGUGGACAGACAACAGAGAACAGCACUUAUGCUGGCAGUUUCUGGAAAUCACACAGAAUGUGUUCAAGUGCUUUUGAGAUGUGGGGCUGAUCCAAAUAUUGUUGAUACUGAUGAACAUUCUUGUUUAUUUAGAGCGGUGGUUAACGGUCAAUACGAUGUUGUCCAACUUCUUUUAUCCAACAAAGCCGAAGUGAAAACACGUGAUGUUAAUGGCAAAACGGUUCUCCAUCUAGCGGCAGCCUGUGGACACUUGACUUGUCUUCUGCUGAUUAUGGACUAUAUGAGCAAAGACGACAUUCUUAGCAAAGAUAAUCAAGAUUGUACUGUGUUGCAUUGGGCCUGUUAUCACGGUCACGAUCAAUGCGUUGAACAUUUGCUUGCGAAGAAUAUUUUCGAGGAACUGGAGGGAAACUCUUAUUCACCAGUACAUUGUGCUUGUUUUUCAGGUUCUGAAGCGUGUCUUACUCUUCUUCUGGCACACUUCGGUGACAAAAUCGUCCAUUUGAAAGACGAAAAACUACGCACUCCUUUGCAUAUCGCUGCUCUACACGGACACAGCGAAUGUGCCAAGUUGCUGCUCAAGCACGGGGCUGAGCCUAACGUGGUUGACGAAGAAGGCCGGACUCCUUUCAUUGCAGCUGCGCAGUAUGGACAAUCUAGUGUAGUUGAAUUACUUUUAGGCUUUAAUAUAGACUUAUCGGCCUGUGAUAAAGACGGCAACACUGCCUUACACUGGGCGUGCCUUAAGAAGCAUCAUCAGACUGCCUUAUUAAUAUUAGAGAACUGUCAAAAUGCCAAAAUAGUUAAUAUUCCGAAUAAUGAGAAAAAGACUUCGCUACACUUAUCUGCCCGUAACGGUUUGGUAGACAUAACAAGAGAAUUACUAAAAAAAGGAGCUAACGUUUCAGCUGUGGACAACGAAGGGUUGACACCAGCCCUAAGUUGUGCCCCAAACUUUAACGUUGCCCAAUGUUUGGCUCUUAUUUUGCAAACGCGUCCGGAUUUUACUGACAGGGAGAACAUAUCAGAGGCUCCUCCUGUUCCUCAACUUAACCUUUUUCCGAUCCACUCCAAUACAAAAAAAUCCUCUCAAGACUCCCAAACUCAAACUUCAGUUGUCUUGGUUAACGAUCCAGAUCUUUUUGAAUUAGAAAAAGCUUUUUUGAACCCUCAAAAAUUGAAAUCUCCCAAAGCUGUCUUGAAAAUUGAUUGCAGCACCGAGUGUUUUAUUAAAGAAUCAAACGAUGAAAGCUCGUGCCCAAAACCUGACAUAGAAACAGGCAAACAUCUUCAUAGAGUUGUGAAAGGUUUUCAUUUGCCAUCAAGUCAAAUGAAUGUACUUAAACCCAGAAAACAUUUUAAUGUUUCUUGUGCGAGUUGUCAAAAAAUACAGAAACUAUGUUUGAAUUGCCAGAGGAAGAAAAAACGAAAUUUGGCACUUAAAAAAUGCCAAGAUGGCAAUUUGUCUAACGAAGAUUUUAGAAAAUUAUGUAAACAAAAAUCCAGCUUGGACGAAUUGCAUAAUUUUUUUCUCAAAUUACUUUCGGACGCCACUGCAAGUGUUAGUCAAAAAUCCUCUGCAGAAAAUAUGAGAAAAUGCACUUUUUCUCGUAGCACACAUCAAAGUUCAAGCGAAAUUGAAAAUGAAUCAAAUCAAGACGAUUUACCAAAAGAAUUUAUUGCACCCAAAGAUAUAAAACGUAAGAAAUUGUACAAACAAGAGAAGUUAACAGUUACACUUCCUGGUCAUAAAAAAUACACUAGUGAUGACACUAUUGUACUUUUUGCAAGAAAAAGAUGUAGAGAUUAUGGUGUUAGGGAAAAAGUCGAAAAACCUAAGGGAAGUAAUGUAAUGACUAAAGCUUGUCAAACUGAAGAUUUCAUUUGUGAAGGCGAUAAUUUAAUGGAAAUGAGCAAUAAUUAUUAUGAUACAUUAUUGAAAAUCGAAGUUGAACAAUCGAUCAAAUAUUGUCUAGAUGUUGUUGAAGAAAGUUUCAAUAGUACUCGUGUUCCCAUACAGAAACUUGAAAAUAAUGAUGAUUUAAUAAUUUAUUCAAUUAUUAGUGAUAUAAUUGAAAAUAUUGAUGAAAAUAACAAAAUUACUGGUCAAAAAAAAUCUAGCAUAGAUAUUGAAAAUUCAACUGUCAGUGAAACUUUAUUGAAUUUGAAAAAGAAAGUCAAAAAGCCUGAAAUCUCCUGUACCCUAUCCUAAACUGUUAUUUUCUAAAAAAUAAAUUUAUUUUGAAUUUUUUUUUUCAUUGUUAAUUUAUUUCAGCUUCAGGAACGUCGAUAGAUCAAGCGAACGCAAUGGAACUGGCCCUUAAACUGUCAAUGUCGAAUAUAUCGGGUUUGAGCGACUUUAAAAGUGAAGGUUCCACCCACACUAGCGAUAACGAAUAUUACUAGCAACAAAUGAAAUUUUUAUUUAAAGGUUUAGGAUUUAUUUUUUCUUGUGGCAAAAAGACAACGUGUGAAAACAAGAGUCGAAUGGAAAAAGUCAAAUUGUAGAGGAGUAAAAAUGUAGAAUUUUGUAAGAAAAUGGGAUAGUGAAGUAAUAAAUAGCUUUGAUAAUUUUUGAAAGUACAGGGUUAUUGGUUAUAAAUGUCACCCCCCUCUAUCUUUUUUAUUUGACAUUUUAGAAAAAAGUGUCCCAAAUAAAAGUUUUAUGGUUGAAAUUAAAUUUUUUGAAAAACUCCCUUUCACAUAUACAGGGUGUUUCAGAAAUGCUGGUCGUGCUCCAACUUUCUUAUUUUAAAUGGAACACCCUGUAUAUUAUUGAAUAUUCGGAUUCUACGUAAAAUUCUGUGAAGAUUUCAUGUGAUAUACCCUAUACCUAAGUUCAACUAUUUUGGAAAUAUUGACAGUUGAAAAUUGACUUUUUUGCAACUUUGACAGGCUGUGAAACCUAAACGGUUAAUCUUAGAGAGCAAAACCGAACUUACAUUUUUUUCUUAGAUUUUCAUAAGCUAUGAUUUGACACCAACUUUGAAUUUAACCGGAGAUUAAAUUUAAUUUGAAUUUUUAAUCAUGGAUUAAAUUCAAAGUUGGUAUGUCAAAUAUCAGUGUCAACUGAUAGUUUAUGAAAAUCCAAGAUAAAAACAUAAGAUCGGUUUUCCUCUAAAAUUAACCGUUUAGGUUUUACAGCCUGUCAAAGUUGCAAAAAGUCAAUUUUCAACCAUCAAUAUUUCCAAAACCGGUGAACUUAGGUAUAGGGUAUAUCACAUGAAAUCUGCUCAAAAUUUUAUGUAGAAUCCGAAUAUUCAAUAAUAUACAGGGUAUUCCAUUUAAAAUAAGAAAGUUGGAGCGCGACCAGCUUUUCUAAAACACCCUGUAUAUGCGAAAGUGAGUUUUUCAAAAAAUUUAAUUUCAACCAUAAAACUUUUAUUUGGGACACUUUUUUCUAAAAUGUCAAAUAAAAAAGAUAGAGGGGGGUGACAUUUAUAACCAAUAACCCUGUACAUAAUAUAUAUACAGAGUAUACCAUUUAAAACGAAACAGGCUAAAUAUCUGAUGCCACUUCUAUUUUUUAAAAAGUGGGUCGUAAAGUCUGUUUUUUUUUAAAGAUAAAAGUCAAAAUGACAUUAUGUUGGCAAUACAAUCUAAAAUUGUCAAUGCUUUCAAUUUUUUUAUGUAGAAAAGGCUUGUGUUGCCAACAUACUUACUAGAUUUUUGACUUGGGGAAUUAUCUUUAAAUAAAAAACACACUUUACACGUAAUUUGAUUGUGUGAAUGUUUGAAAAAUUUUCAGCACUAACUUAACCCUCUAGAGGGGGUGGGACCAACCCUUACCAUUCCAAAUGAAACAGGGGGUCGAGUAAUAUCUGUUUUAGAAAAGUGUUCAAUUUUCUUUCAAAUGACAUCAAAUUAAAGAGAAUUGAACGUUGUUUUAAAAUAGGUAUCACUCGACCCCUUGUUCCAUUUGAAAUAGUAAGGGCCGGUUUAUCAAUCAAGGGAUAACUCGCAGAGUUUGCUGACCCUGGGCUAACUCUAACUCUUUUUAAACCAAGGGCUGGUAAACUCUCGGGUUCUUCGAAGGUUGGCGUUACUUAUGCAACGUUGCCAGCUCACUAUCAUUGUUUUUUUGAAAUUUUCUGCUCAUAUCCUUACUUAUUUAUGUUAUUAUUUUCUUUUUAUUCCUUUUCCAUAGGUGGGCAUUUAUACGAAAGUAGCAUGCGACGUGCGACUUGCUGUUAAAAAGCAGGGAGCACGUUGCAAUUUGCGUUUUCCAUGUUUACAUUCAUAAUUCAUACCAAAGUCGCACAAUGCUACCUUUAUCGACACUCCUCUACGAAACAAGUCAAAAAUAAACAAUGUUGUGCGUCUUGCAAGUACGUCGCAAACUAUUAAAAUAUACAUGUUCCAAUCAUUCCGGUGUGAAACCAGGCAUAUUUUUCUAGGUUCGAAAAUAAUAGCAUGCUUCUUGCUUUCUCAGCAAGUCGUACAUUGCAUGCUACUUUGGUGUCAAUAAUAGGGUUUCCAUAAAGGUUUUUCGGAAUUCAGGACAAAGGAGUCAAGGAAUCCGGACUUCGCCGAAAUAGCUAUCGAGAGUGUGAAAGGCGAGUGCGACAAAAUUCACAUUUGUGAAAAAAGGUUUACUUUAGACACGUAUUGCAUAAUAUACAAACAAUUUUCUACUACCAAUAAAAUAUGUGUAAAAAAAUAAAUUUAGACAAAUACUUCAAGCACAAGUGCGUAAAGUAAUUUACUAGAAAAAAAUUACAGUGUCGACAUCUAUCAGUGACAUUACUUCAUGCACUAGUAGGCUAUUUUGCGCGCGGAUAAUCAAGCAUACAUUGAUUAUGCUGGAUUAUGUGAUGUGUCAACUGUGUCAUACUCCUCUAACUCCCUCUACAUUCAAUUCUGGGCCUGCGAGUGACGUCACUACCAGCAGCUUAUAGUGAUGACGUCACCCGCAUACCACGAUGGAAUGCUUACGAUUCAGGCUGUGCUAGUGAGUUAAUUUUUUCGUCAAUUCUAAAAGUAGAAAAGGUGAUUUUUAGUCUGUUCUCACAGGAGAAGUAAAGUGUUCUUGAUCCUCGAGUAUCCCUGAAUUUGACGAUGGGUGUGUUAGGGAAGUAUGACACAAUUGACAUGUCACAUAAUCUAGCAUACUCGAGUAUGCUUGGUUAUCUCCACGAAAAAUUGCCUAGUGACCCUAGUGUGUAAAGUGACUUACUUUACGUACAGGGAUGUUCCAAGGUGCACAAUUGUGCAUAUUAUGCACAUCUAAUCUCAAUAUGCACCAUACGCACAAUCGUCAUAUAAUAUGCACAAUUUUCAGUUUUCACAAUCCAGCCAAAACCUGUCCUGUUUGGAACAAAUCUGGAGCCCCCCACCACGCCAAAUCACCAGUUGUGACGUAGCCACAUGUUCUCGCCUUGACGUAGGCUGUUUGCACCACAGGUUAUGAUUCCGCCUCUAAACCACUCUAAACUACGACCGCUGGAGCAAACAGCUGGUAUUGCUGACGAAUUAGUUAAUGACGUCAGCAAUAGUGGAACACCAAUAUGGCGGCGGCUACCAAAAAUGAGACCAAUAAGCAUUUCUUAGUAGUGUGUAUCACCCUUGGUAGUUAUUGACAUCUGUGAUUUAUUUUGAAAGCUAAGCUCAAAGGUGUUUUUUAUUUUCUCGCUUAAAUUGGUUAAGCGUUGAACCUAUUUCGCGUUAAACUAAUGACGUGAUAACAAAACUGUUUGAAAAUAUUUUGAGACGAGAUUUCGCAUCGGUUCAAAAACAAACGCAUGCGCAAUAGGAAAGUAGACUAUUUUUUAUGUUUAUACGUGUGUUGUGUCUUGUGCAGGAGGUUAUGGUAUCAUGAACACUCUUACAUUUUUUUGGAAAAUAAAAAUAGAUCGUUGCAAAAUAUUAGACUAUCCAAGAUGCUGUCAAACUUAAAUUCAUCAUAUUAGUUAGGUUAGAAUCGCAAAUUGGCGCGGGUUCCCAGUUCAAAAAUUAAUACAUUGAUGUCUUAUGGGGACUCAAUUUUAAAAGCGUCUGUAGACGUGAUAGAACGUUUGUUACGGAAUUGAGUUGUAUAAAUAAUUUUUUUAAUAUGUUAAUUAACUGAGAGAGUGUUCGAAAGUUGAAUAAACAUUGUUAAAAUAAAAAUAUUACCAAUUUAAGAAGCCGAUGUUUGUAUAAAAUACGUAUGUCGUUGCUUGAUCCAUAAGUAUAUAUUAUGAGUACCUAAUUAUAAUAAAAUAAAAGUUCACCUACAUACUUGGUUAGUAAAUGUACUUCAAUAAUUCAAAAAAAUUGAAAAAUAAAUGACUGAACUAGUGAUAAAUAAAUAAAUUAACAAUUCACCAACAAUCAUAACACAACACACAACCUCACUUUCUCUCAGCUGGUUUUAGACCCGACGUACGUCCACCGAAAACAGACACAUUUAAUUAAAAUCAUUUGUAUUUUUAAUUCAUAGGUCUAAAAAAACAAUUAGAGCAUGAAUCAUAGAGAAAUAUGUUCAAAGUUUGACGUACAAUAGGUUCCAAUACUAAGAAAUGCCCAGAACCCAAGAUAUUCCCGUCUGAAAAUCACUCUUUUGAAUCCCCCAUAAGAAAUACAUUGCUGUCAAAUUUGUUGAAAUGUGUUUAGGAACCCAUUUUAAAUUUCGCGCCCGAUUUUUCCUAACCUAACUAAUAUGGUGAAUUAAAAUGUUCGCCAAGAGGCGCACAAACCCUUUGUUUGCUUGUCAAAGUCAGUGUUUUGGAUAGGCUUACUAGUCAAGGUGCUGUCAAACUUAAAUUAAAAUGUCCGCCAAGAAGCACACAAACCCUUUGUUUGCUUGUUAAAGUCACGUGUUUUGGAUAGACUAAUUAGUAAUUAACUAAUUACCAUGAAAAAAAAACAAAAAUUAGGGAAUCCAAACCACGUGAUUUUUGCCAACCAGCCGGCAUUUUGAAAUUUUUAUGAGGUUAGAAUACGGGUUGUUACAUGUCAACGAUGUCAAAAAAGUGUCAGAUUUGAGUACUCGCUCCGUGUAUUGAUAAAGCCUAGUACUCAUAACCGCGACAAUUUGACGUUUGAUUCACGCAUAAAACGUCAAAUUGUCGAAACAAUGCCGAAAAAGAGCGAGUUUCGCUGUUAUGAGUACUAGGCUUAAUCCUGCCAAAAAAAAAACAUAUGUUUUUUGUUUAUUGUUUGCCAACCAGACGCCAUUUGGACAGGUCGUUGGAUUGCCUAAUUUUUCUGGUUUGAAAACCUGAUUUCUCGAAUGGAGGUAAUUAAUGACGUCAUUUCUAAACAGGUUCAAAAGAGAUUUUAAAAACAUUUCGAACUGCUGGGGUCGGGAAAAGAGAGCCAAAUGAGCCACAUAAUGGUGGCUUACUUCCAUUGUCAUCACUGGCCGAGUUCGUUUUUAUCAUCUUUUUCGUCGAUUUGGUCCGAAAUUUUGACAGGCACGUGACUGGAUAAGACAGUUUCAAUUUACAAAUCACGUGCCUGUCAAAAUUUCGAAGCAAAUCGACGAAAAAGAUGACAAAAACGAACUCGGCCACUGUUUCUGUAAAACCCAAGAUAUGGGGCUAUUAAUUACGUCAUUUACGUCAUUUUUAAGCAUGUGCACAAUCUCAAACGAAUAUGCACAAUUUUCCAUUGGUUAAAUGCACACUUGAAAAUUUUCUUAGAACAAGCCUGUUUACGUACUAAUGCGUGAAGUAAAAUUUUACGUCUUUUGGAUAGUGCGUAAACUGAGUAUGAGUGUUUUCACGAUCUCCGUGUUUUCCGGACAUUGUUCCGAAUUCCGGCCGGACUUUCCCGAAAACCCUGAAAACCCAAACAUGUCCGGGUAAGUCCGGACGUAUGGAAACCCUAGUGAAUACCCACAAGCGGAAAUAAACAAUAUACUCGAAUUCUCAACAAAUAUAGGUUUGUUGGGAAUUCAAGUCAAGUCUAUGCUUCAUUUGUUCCAGAAUAAAUAAAAUAAUUGUUUUUUUACGCAAGCGAAAACGUGUGAAGAAGUCAUCAAAAUCCGCAAAGGGAUUUGACCGAAACCUUACGUGCCUGUGCUAGAGGCACCGCUAAUGCAUGUUCUAGAAAUUCUAAAACAUCUCGAUCAUCAUCACUUAAAUCUAGGUCGUCCAUCUCUUCACAAUAUCAAAAUUUAAGACAAAACCAGCACUUUUUCAACAAAAUCAGAUAGAAAAUAAGAGAAAAUGUUGAGUUUAACCCAGGGUCAACUACGCUAACUUGCCGUGAGAGCGCGGGUUAACUUUUUCCUGGAAUAACUUUCGAGUUAGUUGACCCUGGAUGGAUAAACACUUGUCACAACUUUGACCCAAGGUUAUCCGUAACUCAUGGGGUAACCCUCUAUUGAUAAACCGGCCCUAAGGGUUGGUCCUACCCCGCCGAGAGGGUUAAAGUUGAAGUGCUAAAAAUUGUUGCAGAAAUUGUUUGAAAAUCAAAUUACGUAUACGAGCGAUUUUUUUAAAAAUAAACGUGAUAUUAGAUAUUUAGCCUGUUUCGUUUUAAAUGGUACACUCUGUAUACUGAUUGAAUCUUCUUAUGUAUGUUGAAGGUGAAUUUAUGUGAAGCUUAAUGUUAAGCUAGCAAUCCUCAAAAUGUACUUGGUUCAGAAUAUUUUUGUGAAAAUUAAAUUAAAGGACGAGGCACUUCUCUUAUGGAAAAUGGAUCUCCGACAGAUUUUCCUGAAUUUUGGAUAUAUUGUAGUUUUUCGAACUCUGAUUAAAAGUCAUCAUUGGCCGAACCUCGUGCGGUUGAUAGUUUAGCCUCCAGAGGGCGCCAAAGUUUCAUAUAACCCAUCAUAUAACUAAUGUAACUUGGGUGUAAUUGGGUAACUUCCGCUCACAGAAAUAAGGAAUUAGGUGUCUGAAAAAUCACUUUUAAUAAUAUUUGGUCGUUACUUUUGCGAUAUUUAUACAAAACAUCUUUUUUUCUGGUGGAGUAGUCGUCUGAUUAAACUCCGAGUAGCGCUGCAGCCAGAGGCUUAUUUUGCUGAAUGUUCCUGUUUACUGCACCCAUUCCAAAACCCUGGUUCCCUGCAGUAGGCAAAGUAGGUCUGUUGAAUGUUUGCCGUAUGUGUCUGGAUCUAGUUCAUCUUCUCCAAAUAUAUUUUGUCUUCUGCGAAUUAGUGCAUCGCAUUCUGAUAUAAUAUGUUGGGCUGUUUCAGUCUCUGUUUCGCAUAGUCUGCAGCUCGUGUCUUUGUUAUACAAGCCCAUUGUUUGCAGGUGCAUCUUUACUGGAGCAUGCCCAGUUAGAAAGUCGGUUGCUACUCUGAGUUGAUACCCGCUUAGUUGUAGCAGUCUUUUUACUCUUUUGCUGCAUGUCUCACGUAUGAACAUUUUCCCAUGUGCAUGCUUGGGUAUUUGCUUCCAAUAUUGACCAUGUUUUGCUUUGAUCUAUUCCUUCAGCUCCUUUCUUACUGUGCUUUUGGGCACUCCGAGAGCUGGUUCGGUCGGGACCAAGGUAUUCUGUGGAUGACCCCCUGCGUGCAAGUUCGUCAGCCUUUUCGUUGCCCGGUAGGUAUCCUGGCAGCCACAUCAAUGUGACGUUAUUUUGGUACGCCAAGUUGUUGAGUUCUUCUCGGCAUUCUAAUAUCAGUGUAGUGUUUACCUUAGGGUUCUUCAAUGCCCCCAGCGUUGUCUGACUGUCUGUGAGUAAAGUGGGUCUCCUGUCUUUGCAGGCCCUCAUAUUGUUGAUUCUUGCAAAUUGUAGUAUUGCAGAUACCUCUCCCUAGAAACCAUAUGUAUAUGACCCUAGAGAGACGAAGGUCUCGCAUCUUCCUUCUUGACUGUAGAUUCCUGCGCCUGUGCCAUUCUCAGUCUUUGACCCGUCCGAGUACCAGAUCUGGCCUCUGAGAUUGAAGAGUGUGUGUUAGUUUUCCCAUUCCUCCCUUCCACUAAUUAGGAUUUGGAACGAUAUGUUAGUGAGUAUUUGGGAACUACAUAGUCAGUUAUCAUGUCAAAUACUGUCAGAUUUAUGACUUCCCUUAUUUGUGUGUGGCCUGAUCUGACUUAGUUUGCUCAGGUUGUUUCGCUGUUUGUGGAGGCCCAUCCUAGCAUUCCUAGCUUCCAGCUGAAUCAGAAUGUGCAGCGGAGGUAGGUCUAGUAGGACUUCCACAACUGCUGUUGGUGUGCUUUGCACCUUGCCAAGUCUCAUUCUGGCUCUGUCCUGUUAUGUCUUCGUCCACCGUAUCAAAGACGUAUAGAUUAUUGCUGGCUCUACAAUCGUUGUGUAUAGCCUGUGCAUCAUGUCCGACCGCAACCCUAGGUUUUUCCGAAAGUUCUCCUAGCUAGUAUAAGUACUAGUUCUGACCUUUUAAUUACUUUGUCCAGAUGUUGUUCCUAGUUAAUUUUGAGUCUAUGAUUACCUCAAGAUAUUUUACUUCGUCCGACAUCGUAACUGGGCUUCCCUGAAAGUAAAGAAGUCCAAGCCCCUUCGUUUUCCUUCUUUUGGUAAAGGGGAAAAUUGUCGAUUUGAUGGCACUAAUUUUCAACCCUACAGUGGAACUCUGUCCACCUAGAGACCAUUGUUAGAGCCUGCCGCAUGCGAUCUCUAACUAUGUGGUUGAAUUUUUCCUGGAAUAUUAUGACCAAGUCAUCUGCAUAUCCCAAUACCUGAUGGUUGUUCAGGUGGUUGUUACUCUUCAGUAGCUCUAUCAGCGCAUCCAUCACCAGAUUCCACAGCAAGGGUGAUAACACUCCGCCUUGCGGACAUCCCUUUGCAACCCGAGCCGUUACUGUUUUACCUAGGAGCGUGUAGUGGAUGCCUCUACCUCGAAAUAUGCAGUCUAUCCAUCUGCUGCAUGUAUGUUGUCAAACGCUCCCUCUUCUUCCAAUGUAUUUUCUACCCGCUAGACGAGGUGAUGUAGUGCUGUUUCAGUUGAGAUUCCUGUUUUGUGAGCAUAUUGGUCCGGAUGUAUUGGUCUGGUAGCCAAUGCACCACCCCGAAUGUGGAGCUCAAGCAGUUUUUCUAGAGCCUUCAACAAAAACGAUAAAACAUCUUACGUGGCACAUAUUCAUGAUAAUCCUAAAUUAUUAUAAUAACACGAAGUUAUAUUAUAGUGCGAAGUUAUAAGAAACUUUGGCGUCCUCUGGAGGCUAAACUAUCAACCGCACAAGGUUCGGCCAAUGAUAGCUUUUAAUCAGAGACUUAAAAACUACAUUAUAUCCAAAUUUUGGAAAAAUCUGUCGGAGAUCCAUUUGCCAUAAGAAAAGUGCCUCCUCCUUUAAACUUAUUUUAUUCCCAAGAAACACUGUUUAGAUUUGCC